AUGUCACCCUCCACAAGGUGCAGAGAGCAGAAGUACAAUUAUGAAGGUCUGCCAACGACGUCCGUGAUCAUCGCGUUUUAUAACGAAGCUUGGUCAACCCUCCUUCGCACCGUUUACAGUGUCCUCGAGAUGUCCCCAGACAUCCUGCUGGAGGAGGUCAUCCUGGUGGAUGAUUACAGCGAUAGAGAGCACCUGAAGGAGCGCCUGGAAGCCCACCUGCCCAAGGUGCACCUCAUCCGCGCCACCAAGAAGGAGGGCCUGGUGCGCGCCCGGUUACUCAGGGCUUCGGGGGCCAAGGGCGACAUCCUCACCUUCCUGGACUGCCACUGCGAGUGCCACGAGGGCUGGCUGGAGCCGCUGCUGCAGAGGAUCGGGGAGGAGGAGCCGGCGGUGGUGUGCCCCGUGAUCGACGUUAUUGACUGGAACACUUUUGAGUACCUGGGCAACUCCGGAGAGCCUCAGAUCGGUGGCUUUGACUGGUGGCUGGUGUUCACGUGGCACGUGGUCCCUGAGCGGGAGCGGAAGCGGAUGCGGUCCCCCAUCAUUGUCAUCAGGUCCCCGACAAUGGCUGGUGGGCUGUUUGCUGUGAGUAAGAAAUAUUUUCAGUAUCUGGGGUCUUAUGAUACAGGAAUGGAAGUUUGGGGCGGAGAAAACCUCGAAUUCUCCUUUCGGAUCUGGCAGUGCGGCGGGACCCUGGAAACGCACCCCUGCUCACACGUCGGUCACGUCUUCCCCAAGCAAGCUCCCUACUCACGCAAAAAGGCUCUGGCCAACAGUGUCCGCGCUGCCGAAGUGUGGCUGGAUGAGUUCAAGGAGCUCUUCUACCACCGCAACCCCCACGCACGCCUGGAGUUCUUUGGAGACGUGACCGAGAGGCGGCAGCUCCGUGAGAAGCUCAAGUGUAAGGACUUCAGGUGGUUCCUGGAGAACGUGUAUCCUGAGCUGCACGUGCCCGAGGACCGGCCCGGCUGCUUCGGGAUGCUCCAGAAUAAAGGAUUGCAAGGACUCUGCUUUGACUAUAAUCCUCCUGAUGAAAACCAGAUUGUGGGGCACCAGGUCAUUUUGUACACCUGUCAUGGCCUGGGCCAGAACCAGUUCUUCGAGUAUACAUCCCAGAAGGAGAUCCUCUACAACACCCACCAGCCCGAGGGGUGCUUGGCGGUGGAGGCGGGCGGGGAGAGCCUGGUCAUAGAGCUCUGCCAGAACCCGGUCCCCGAGAACCACUACUUCCUCCUACGUGAGGAUGGCACUGUCGAGCAGGUUCUGAGGCACAAGCCGCUCAUGGACCAGCUGCAGCAGGUGCUAACCAAGCAGCAGGCCCUGCUAGAGGCCACCUUCCGGGAGCUGAGGGAAACCCAGGUCGAGCAGGUUCUGAGGCACAAGCCGCUCAUGGACCAGCUGCAGCAGGUGCUAACCAAGCAGCAGGCCCUGCUAGAGGCCACCUUCCGGGAGCUGAGGGAAACCCAGCCACACCUCACGGUCUACCUGACAUUGUCACUGUCUCUGGAGGCUCACUCCUAG